AUGGGCUCUUCUUCACCGGCGCUUUCGACCCUCGCCGGUCCUACAUAUGUGACCGCCCAGACCCUAAUUCAGCAGGUCGCUUACGCCCUCAGCGAUAAGGUCUUCUCCUACUCACCGGAUUCGUUCGACUUGGACGCUGCCAUCCGCGAAUGGGCCUUGAAGCAGGAGCUCAAUGCUAAUGGCGAGGCUCCGGCCGUCCAGGCCAUGGAGACUCGUCAGGGUGCCGGAAACAUCGCUCUCGGAUACCUCUUCUCCCAAGACUUCGACCUGAAGAAGCGCCAUGUUCCUCAGGGUAUUGUCGCCUCCUCCGCGACUUUGCCGUACAUGCGCGCGGCCCUGGAGCAGCUUUCUUUGCUAUACUCUGUCGCUAGCCCCGUUGCUGCACACGUCGCUGCGGUUGACUACGCCGGAGAGGAUGGACUGGUCUCUGACUACGUUUCUGCGCUGUCUCUCGCCGAGGAGCUUGGUCUCGGUCUCGUGUCGAGCGCGUCUGCCCAUGAAUCUCAGCACAUGGCCCUUCUUACUACAUUGCUCGCCUCUGUUCUGCCCUCCAUCCACAUCUACGACGGUGUCCGCGUGGGCCGUGACAACACUCGCGUCAUUGACGUCCUUGAUCAGGCUGGUCUCGGCCGCGUCUACGAGACCGUUCGCAAGACGCUGGACGACCAGCGCAGCCGCCACCUUGAUAGCCAGGGCAAAUUGCUUGAGCUGAUUCGCUCCUUGAACGGAGAGCUAGGAACCGACUAUGGUGCUUUCGAGUACCACGGUCAUGCCGAACCCACGUCCGUUUUGGUUGCUUUCGGUACCAUUGAGGCCUCUCUUACUGCUCAGGUUGCUCGUUCUUUGGCCAAGGACGGUGUCCGUGUCGGUGUUGUUAAUGUUCGCGUUUACCGUCCCUUCGUCGAGGAGGAGUUCUUGAGGGUCCUUCCUAAGUCUGUGAAGACUGUUGGCGUCCUCGGCCAGGUCGCCAACGAACAGGCUGUGCAAGAGCCAGGCGUCCGUUCCACUCUUUACGAGGACGUUCUUGCGGCCGUUACAUUUGCCACCGACCGCGAGCAGGCGCCUUCUUGCAUCGACAUCAAGUACGCUCGUUCUCAGCGCUGGGACUUGAUCAACAUUGCCGCUUCCUUCCAGCUUGUGUCAGACAAGCCUAUUGUGCAGGUGGACAGCACUGUUGAGCCUCUUCAGCUCUUGGACCCUGCGACUGUCCAGGAGUUCACAUUCUGGGAUGUUGACACUUCCGCCGCUGUCGACGUCGCCACCAUUAUCUCACAGACCUUAGCCGCUGAUUCGGCGAGCAACAUCACCACCAGCAAGGCGUUUGACAACCUGAUUCAGGGAGGUGUUGUUCGUGUGGACAUUCGCAAGAGCUCAAAGACUUUGGAUGCUCCAUACCCGGUCAAUGCAGCUGACACUGCAUACAUCGGUAACGUUAAGUUGCUUAGCGAACUCGAUAUUCUCUCUUCAGUCAAGAACAACGGCAAGGUCCUUUUGAACGUUGCCGGUAUUAAGGGUGACGAGCUGGAGAAGAAGCUCCCUGCCGCCUUCAAGCAGGCCAUUGCGGAGCGCGGAAUUGGUCUUCACCGCUUUGAUGCGUCUGUUAUCGAGGAACCUGCUCUUGAGCCCCUGGCUUUGCAGGUCGCUUUCUUGCACGUGGCUCUCCCUGCCAUUGAGGAGUCUGCUGUCAAGAAGCUCGCUGCCAUCUCCGGCAAUGCCGAUUCUCUGGACAAGGUCAGCAAGGAUCUGGAGAAGACCCUCCUACAAGCCGAAAUCCCCGAGUCAUGGAAGUCCCCUGAGGAGGGUGCUGAGGUAGCUCAACUCGUCAAGGACUUGAAGCCUAACAGCUUUGUACCUUUCGACAAGGACGAGAGUGAGCCUGCUACUUUCCUCAAGGACUGGCAAACUGUUGCAAAGGGUCUGGCGUUCAAGGAAGCCUAUGGUGCGCAGAAUGCACUUCGCCCUGACUUACCUACGAAGACCUUUACUGUUCACGUCAAGGAGAACCGCCGCCUCACCCCUGUUACUUAUGAUCGUAACAUCUUCCACAUCGAGUUCGACCUGGGUGACUCUGGCCUCACCUACGACAUCGGUGAAGCCCUGGGCGUGCACUGCGAGAACGACCCCGAGGACGUUUUGGAAUUCAUUAAGUUCUACGGUCUUAACGCCGACGAUGUCGUCGAGGUUCCUAGCCGUGAAGAUCCCACCGUUCUCGAGAACCGCACUGUCUACCAGGCUCUUAUGCAGAACGUCGACAUCUUCGGUCGUCCUCCUAAGCGAUUCUACGAGGCGCUCGCUGAGUUUGCCUCCGACGAGAAGGAGAAGAAGGACCUCCUCACCCUUGGUGGCCCCGAAGGAGCGGUCGAAUUCAAGCGGCGUGCCGAAGUCGACACCGUCACCUACGCUGACAUUCUGCUCGAGUACCCCUCCGCCCACCCUGACUUCCACGACCUCGUCCGCAUCGUCUCCCCAUUGAAGCGCCGCGAGUACUCCAUUGCCUCAUGCCAAAAGGUCACGCCUAAUAUCGUCGCCCUCAUGAUUGUCGUCGUCAACUGGGUGGACCCCCGCGGUCGCGACCGCUUCGGUAUUUCCACCCGCUAUCUUAGCCGCCUCCAGCCCGGCACCCCGGUCACUGUCAGCGUCAAAUCCAGCGUCAUGAAGCUUCCCCCCAAGUCCACCCAGCCCAUCAUCAUGGCUGGUCUGGGUACCGGUCUUGCUCCCUUCCGCGCUUUCGUGCAGCACCGCGCUCUCGAGAAGGCGCAGGGCAAGGAAAUCGGCUCCGUUCUGCUCUACAUGGGCUCGCGCCACCAGCGUGAGGAAUACUGCUAUGGUGAGGAAUGGGAGGCUUACCAGGAAGCUGGCGUUAUUACUCUUCUCGGUUGUGCUUUCUCCCGUGACCAGCCGCAGAAGAUCUACAUCCAGGACCGCAUGCGCGAGACCAUACCAGAGAUCGUGCAGGCUUACAUCCGCGAGGAGGGAUCCUUCUACCUCUGCGGCCCUACUUGGCCCGUUCCGGAUGUUACGGCUGUGCUUGAGGAGGCUAUUGCCAUUGAAGCCAAGAACACUGGCAAAAAGAUUGAGCCUCGGAAGGAGAUUGAGAAGUUGAAGGAUGAGGAGAGAUAUGUGCUUGAGGUUUAUUAG